UGAACCGGAAACGGAAACUGUUUGCUCCUGUUGUGUAUACUUUUUUUCUGUGGUUAAUUUAUUUUUUUUCGAGAACCGUAGGAAUCUGCGUAAUUUCAUCUAGGCAUUGUUUUUGGGGGGGUUCGUCAUGGACAGUGAAUUGUCUGACCUUGAGAUGGCGUCAGCAGGGGGCAACAAGACUGAUGAAAAUGCCCCAGUGUACUGCAUCUGCCGCAAGCCAGACAUUAACUGUUUCAUGAUUGGCUGUGACAACUGCAAUGAAUGGUUUCAUGGGGACUGUAUCAACAUCACAGAGAAGAUGGCUAAAGUCAUCCGGGAAUGGUACUGCCAGCUAUGUCGAGAUAGGAACCCCAACUUGGAAAUUAAAUACCGACAUAAAAAAACAAAAGAUACGGAUCGCGAAAAAGCAGAGGAAAGGAAAAAAGAAGCACAAGAUAUGAAAAGUGAUCGGAAAAAGGUUUCAAAGUCCUCGACAUCUUCUAAAGUCAUUGCUGGAAUCGGAAGGCUAAUGCAGAUCAAGCGUUCAGCACGCAUGUGUGGAGAAUGUGAAUCCUGCAUGCGGACUGAUGACUGUGGCCAGUGUGAUUUCUGCCGAGACAUGAAGAAAUUUGGAGGGCCCAACAAAAUUCGGCAGAAGUGCCGCCUUCGACAAUGCCAAGUGCGAGCUCGGAAACUGCUACGGAUUCGAGAUGAAGAAUUACAAGCCUUCAAGGAACAACUGGAGUUAGCUGCCCCUCCUCCUGACCCUUUAUCAGAAGAUGAAGAGCUUCCCACUGAUUUGGACCUUUUCCAGGAGUACAGUGCUGGAGUCUUUGAUGAUCACAACUUGCCAUGGCUGAGUGAUCCAGAUGAUUCGCCAUUCCUAGACUCAGUGAUGCGCAAGCGAGCAGUGAAAGUGAAGCACGUGAAAAGGCGAGACAAAAAGUCAGACAAAAAGAAGGAAGAGAAGUACAAGAGGCAUAAACAGAAGCAGAAGCACAAGGAGAAAAGCAAGCAUGUGGAUCGAGUGGAGGGGAAAGAUUCCUCUUCCCUGCAGCAGUGCCUUGGGCCAGGUUGUGUUCAAGCAGCACGUUCUAAUUCAAAAUACUGCUCAGAGGACUGUGGCAUGAAAUUAGCUGCCAAUCGUAUCUAUGAAAUUCUACCACAGAGAAUCCAGCAGUGGCAGCAGUCGCCCUGCAUUGCAGAAGAGCAUGGUAAAAAGCUACUGGAGAAAAUACGACGAGAACAGCAACAGGCCCGUAUGAGACUGCAGGAGAUGGAGCGCAGAUUUCAUGAACUGGAGGCUGCUAUUAUGAAAGCAAAGCAGCAGACCAUUAAGGAAGAUGAAGAGAUGAGUGAAGGUGAAAGUGAUGAUACUGAUCUGCAGAUUUUCUGUGUUUCAUGUGGACAUCCUAUCAACCCAAAAGUAGCUCUUCGGCACAUGGAGAGGUGCUAUGCCAAGUAUGAAAGUCAGACCUCAUUUGGUUCCAUGUACCCGACACGGAUAGAGGGAGCAACUCGUCUCUUCUGUGAUGUCUACAAUCCUCAAAGCAAAACCUACUGUAAGAGAUUGCAGGUGCUAUGUCCAGAACAUUCACGAGAUCCAAAGGUUCCAGCAGAUGAAGUAUGUGGCUGCCCUCUGGUGAAAGAUGUCUUUGAAUUGACUGGAGAAUUCUGCCGCGUACCAAAGCGUAAAUGUAACAGGCACUACUGCUGGGAGAAGCUGCGUCGUGCUGAGGUAGAUUUGGAGAGAGUUCGAGUGUGGUACAAGCUGGAUGAGCUAUUUGAGCAGGAGCGAAAUGUACGGAUGGCUAUGACAAACCGUGCAGGACUACUGGCUUUAAUGUUGCAUCAAACCAUUCAACAUGACCCUGUUACUACAGACCUUCGGACGAAUGUGGACCGUUGAAGAGAUACCAUCAUGGAAGUGCAGAGAACAGAGUUUCUUGGCAAAUGCCAUUUUAAGUAUAAAAGUAUUAUUGGACUACUGGCUUUUUAUAACUUUACUGAAGGCGAUGACAACCAGGAUGGUCCUUCACAUUUUUUUAUAUAAUGAAAACACUGUGUACUACAUCUACUUUUUGUAUAUUUAUGUAUAUGUGUGAGAGAGAGGGAGAGAAGGUGUGUGUGCGUGUGUGUGCAUGUGUAUAUGUAUAUAUACUUUUUUGUGUAUAGAACCAUGCAUCUCCCAAAGGAAACCUGGAUUACAUAUUUCUGACAAGUGGUAAAAGAAACUCAAUCACUGCAUUUUCUGUGGGUGGAGCAAAACCUGCAUUUUUUCCUCUAUGAAGUGAAGAAAUGUUGUGGACUUCAGCAUUCCUACUUAUAAGUAUAAUACAACAGCUACCUUGCAGAUGUUUUAUUGUAAAUCACCACUACAUUGGUAACAAUGGCCAGUGAUAUUUCUGUUCCAGUAACAGAUUGUCAGAAAAUGCAAGUGUGUGAUUUUCAGUAAACUUGUUGGAUCCAAGCAAAAAAUGUUGAUAAACUUUUAUUGUAAUUUUUUUUCUAGAUGCAAGUCCUAUUUUGUAGAUUCAAAGCUAGCCCUUUUAAAUUAGUAUCUGGCGAGGAGUAGACCUUCUCAAUUAAUUAAAACAAUGCAAUUAUAUUCUAAUGUUCUUUUGUUUAAAGAAUAAAAUUAGUAAAGUGUU